AAUAAAAAAAAAUAAUAUUCAUUAUCUCUUCUCGGGGAAAAAUUCAAGAUUUCGUGACCUUUGUUUUCUCUCUGACACGAAACACUAUUUCCGCGUUCAGUUAGAUCGUAUCGAAUCAGGUCGACGUUUGUUCAACGGUGCGUACUGCAACGUCAAGACCUAUACUAUAAUCCACAAUGGCAUCGAAUCUAUUGAAACACCUUAUUAAAUUGGACACCAGGGUAUCUGUGUCACACAAUGUUUGCCUGCCGAUCAGAUGUCUGUCGACUGCAUCACCUCGUAUGAAAGACAAGACUGGCAAGAAUAUAGUGUUUGUAGAUGGAGUGCGUACUCCGUUCUUAUUAUCAGGAACGGACUAUGCCCCUUUGAUGCCACAUGAAUUAGCCAAAGAAGCUCUCAUUGGCUUAAUGAGGAAGACAAAAAUACCUCGGGAAGUAGUUGAAUAUAUUGUUUAUGGUACAGUAAUUCAAGAAGUAAAAACUAGCAAUAUUGGACGGGAAGCUGCGCUUUCUGCUGGAUUUCCAUACUCUGUACCUGCUCAUACUGUUACAAUGGCAUGUAUCAGUUCAAAUCAAGGUAUUACGACUGGUAUUGGACUGAUUGCUGCUGGUGCAUAUGAUGUGAUUGUUGCUGGUGGUGUUGAAUUUAUGUCUGAUGUUCCAAUUAGACACUCUCGUAAGAUGAGAAGUUUACUUUUAAGAGCAAACAAAGCUAAAUCGCUAAUGGAUAAAUUGAAACUUCUUUCAACAUUCAGACCAAACUUUUUACUUCCUGAGUUGCCUGCUGUUGCUGAAUUUAGUUCUGGAGAGACCAUGGGUUUCUCAGCUGAUAGAUUAGCUGCUUCAUUCAAAGUUUCUCGAGAAGAACAAGAUCAAUAUGCUGUUAGGUCACACACGAUGGCACAGGAAGCACAAGAAAAAGGAUACUUAACUGAUAUUAUACCGUUUAGGAUGCCAAAUACAUCAAAAGUAAUUGAAAAAGACAAUGGUAUCAGAGUAUCUCCAAUUGAAAAAAUUUCCAAAUUGAAACCGGCUUUUGUAAAACCUCAUGGUACAGUUACUGCUGCAAAUUCAUCAUUUUUAACUGAUGGUGCAUCUGCUUGUCUUAUAAUGACGGAAGAAAAAGCAAAGCAAUUAGGUCUUAAACCUAAACUUUAUCUUAGAGAUUUUACGUACGUGGCUCAGGAUCCCAUUGAUCAAUUAUUGCUUGGGCCAACAUAUGCUACACCUAAAGUAUUGGAAAAAGCUGGUCUGAGUGUUAAAGACAUUGAUGUUUGGGAAGUCCAUGAAGCUUUUUCUGGACAAAUUUUAGCAAAUCUUAAAGCAAUGGAUAGUGAUUGGUUUGCACAAAAAUACAUGAAUAGACAAAGCAAAGUUGGAGUACCUGACUUGUCUAAAUGGAACAAAUGGGGAGGUUCAUUAAGUAUUGGACAUCCUUUUGCUGCUACCGGUGUACGUUUGACUGUUCAUACUGCCAAUAGAUUAGUCAGAGAAGAUGGUCAGUUUGGUUUGAUUGCUGCUUGUGCUGCUGGUGGACAGGGAGUUGGCAUGAUUGUGGAAAGACAUCCAGACGCAACUGCUUUGUAGACAAAAAUUGAUUUUAAAAUCUUAAGCAAGUGCUAUGGAAGGUGAACUGGUAAUAAUAUUUUAUAUAAUUAGUUAUGAAUACAAAUCAUAAUUAAUAAAAGACCAUCAUGGUUCUAUUUUA